AGUAAGGAAACGCAGUCGCGAAGUUUUACUGAGCAAAGGUUUGAAUCUGGAGGUUUUCCCGAGUCACUUUCCCUACCGGUAAUUAGAAUAUAUUUUUCGUGCACUGCAUGAUAUGGCGCGCGUAAAGCUGUUGCUUAUAUUCCUACCGAUCGUGGCUCUCUGUGCGGCGCAGACUCAGCAAGAGAGUGAACUCGGGCGAGAUGGGGGCGAACAGACGAAGGAUGACGACUAUUAUCUCAUGGUUGCACUGGAUAAAGUCGUAUACAAAGCGGGUGACCGUGUAAUGUUUCGCGGACUGUUAUUUUAUCACAAGAAUCCAGUACCAGCUAGGGUCCAAAAUGUCGCCGCGACGCUUAAGGAUGCCUAUGGUGAAAUCGUGGAGAGUAAAACGGAUAUCCCUUUCAAAAACGGCGCCGAUAUUGCUGUCUUCGAAAAUGCAUUCCUGCCAUUGCCCUUUAAGCGGAAUUACCGAGACUGGACUGUGGAGGUCGUAACCACCCUGAUUAAUGGGCAACGCUUAUUAAAGAUCCAGAAACUGAUGGAUGAUGUGUUCGCAGACGAACUGGAUUAACAGCCUAGCCCGUGUAUGGAACCUGGACUGACUAUAAAUUGGAAAGAGGAAGCGACCGAUACUGGAAGGCCUAAAGUGAAGCGGCUCUAGAUGCCGAUGACUAACUCCUAAUACUUAUAACUCUUAAACAACACACAGACUAACAGUUAGCUGCGAGUUUACAAUAAAAUUUGAGCCAGACUAGUGAGGCUGGCAUACUACGCGUAAUCGAAAUUCCGAUUUUAUUUAGCGGUUCAUAAUCAUUGUGCGACGUGGAAUAAAGCUCAAAAAUAUUGA